UGUUAAACUCUCCCUCGCAGUGUCUUCACCUUCCUUGACUUAAUUCUCACACUAAUAUAAUGGAGUUCCAGUGACAAGGCAGCAAUACCAGACGUUCUAUUCAGAGAACUGUUCACUGUGUUCUUGAAGCUCUGACAUGUUCUAGUGAAUAAGAUUUCGUCAAAUAGGUUGAGAAAAUGAGAGAAAUAACAAGAGGUUCUCACUAUAGUGCCGGGAUGUCUGAUCCCAAACGGGACAGGGACAGUGACCGGGACUCCCUCACUGGCUGGACUCUGGUGGACAGGGAAGGGACACCAGAAGACACUGCAAGUGAUGGCCCUCAGCAAGAAGACGAUGAAGAUGGUGCCGAAUCCAGCGUUAAUCCAGAGGGAGCUGGUGCUGACGUUGAAGAUGAGGAAGAGGAGGAUGCCGAGGAUGAGUCUGGGUGUGGCAUGGAGGAAGACGAAGAGGGCGGUGAAGAGGAAGCCCUGCCAGAUGACCUCGUGUCAAUGGGUCAGAGAGUGCAAGAGAUCAAGGGUGAGUCCAUCAAGGCAUCUUCGGGGUCGGACUCCAGUGACAUUGAGACGCUCGAGUGUCCCGAUCCUGGAGAGUUUUACGAGGACCACGCCUUGGCCUACAGUUCCAUGAGCUCAUCCUUGUUCUCCUCCUCCAUACGCAGUUUUACCUUUGUGGGUGGUUCAGAUGCCUCUCAAGAUAUGCAAAUCCAUAAUAGCACUAUGGUGAGCAGCAGUACCAUAUGGAAAGGUGUUGCCUCAAGUGUAGAUGAGGAGGGGGAUGUGGAGAGUAUUGCAAGUACUGACUCCAUCUUAGAUGCAGAGAAGGAAAAGCUUGCUGAUGAAGAGACUGACCUCUCGUUGGCAUCUUCACCGUCACUCCCAGAUGAUCUUCCAGCAAUUAAACCAGACACUCAGUAUAAGCAUAUUCCAGACAAAGACCUCAACAGUCGCCUCAAUAUUGUUGUGGCUCUGACGUUGGCUUGUGUGCUGGGUCUUGGCAUAGGACAUUUUCUUGGACUUUUGGCCCUGUCUGUGGGUGGAGGAUCACAAGGUUGGUCCAGUCGCUCAGUCUGGCAAGAAAGUAUGAAUUCAGCACAGGUACGUAGGCUGCGUGAACUCCAAGAUGAUCUGGUUUCCUGCAUGAACAUGCCCCUUCAGGCUUCCUCGCAUCCAGAUCCAGAUUUUUUGGUUGAUUCAUCACCUCCUAUUAUGGAUAAAUUUCAAGCUGAAAUGGAUUCUGAUAAUCCUGAUUACCAAAGUGGAUCUUUCAUUCCGGUUCUGGCUGAUGGAAAUGGAGAUGGUUUAUUAAAUGUUGAAUCACUUGUAGAACCUCUUGUAAUGCCUUUAGAAGAUACUGGAGUUGUGCUUAACCCAAAUAGAAAAGCUGGCAUGUCGUUUUUGCAUGGUAAAGUUGAAAGCCCCAAACCUACUGAUCCAGCAUUUGUCGAUCCUAAUCUUAUUCAUAAUAAGCCAAACUUUGUUUCUGAUUUGCAUAUGAAACCUGUUAAAGAAAUGCCAGAAAUGCUACAUGAAAUUCCAGAAACCAAUCCAAUGACUAACCCACCAGCAGUAGAGGCAGAAUUGUCUACUCAACUUCCUUUAUCAUCAGAUAAUGUGGAAGCUUUGUUUGACAUUGAAGAAAAAGAAUCUACAUCUCAAAGCAUCCCUCUCCCAAGUGGUUGUGCUUCACCCAGUUUGCCUGAAGAUUUGUCAAGCAGUGUUGAAGAGGAUUUGUCUUCUGAGUUAUCCUCUUCUGUAGGAGUAGAAGCUUUGCAGAUACUCGAUGCCAUGAACUUGGAGAACGAAGAGAUGGAAUCCGAAAUUAUUCGACUUCAGCGGGAAAACAUCGCUCCGAUUAAAAUACGUGGGAAAGAUGGUAAAUAUGCACGAAGUUUGAGAGAAAGGAUCAACCAUUUGAUUGUUGACAAUGAAGAGCUACGAAUGGCUGUUGGGAAACUUCAGUUUGCUAACUUCCCAGAUAGUGACACUAAUGCUUUCAACUCAGCCCUUGAAAAGAACUACAACCUCAGACUUGCUGCUGGCAAGCUUACUCAUUUAGGUCCUGAACUGAAUGCAUUAAAAGAAUCUGCAAAUGAUCUUCAAGCAGAGAAUCAAGAACUGAAGAUUCAAGUUGGAAAACUUCGUUAUCAGCAGCAACCACUGCCUCAGGAACUGAAUGCUGUGGCCCGUGAGAUAGAAAAGCUAAAGAAAACGAUAGAAGAAGCCUCACAGAAAAAGAAUGUACCACCCAACCUUAACAAUGCAAAGACUUAUGUAACUUAUAUGUCUCAGAUAUUGUCUGCUAUUCACACCUUGCAUGAGUUUGAAGAAGGAAGCCUUGCAGAGAAGAUAGAUGUUGCUGCAGAUGUCUUUGAGGAUUUGGCUCCAGAAAAUAUUAAACUGAAUUCUCAGACGAGACAGAAACUGAAUGCUGCUCGAUCUAAAUUUUCUCAGAUUCAGGCAUCGCUAUCAAGAAAAUGGGAAAAGCUUAAGGAACUUAGCCAACCAGAAAAACUUGCAGCCGUGAGCCGUGACACACACUCGAAGAUGAAUCGUGUGAUUGUUAAUGUUGUGAAUAAAGUGAAGGAGAUUGGCCGUACAAACAUCUUGAGACGUGGCAAAGCCUCACUGGAGAAAACAAUCAGCACACUCGCAGAACAACUCGCAGCUCUUGGGUUGCAAUUUGAUAAGACCUGGAAGGACUUAGAGGGUGACGUGGAAGUAUCUGACAAAGACCUGGAUGUUGCGGCUAAGAGUAAGGAUAAAAUUAUGAGGGUGGCAGAAGCAGUGGUUGUGACAGAGGAAGCUGCAGCUACACAUACUGAAGUUGAGAAACAGUUGCUGAUGGAUAAGAAAGAAGAAGACGAAGCAGCAAAGAAAAAACUCCCAGCAGAAGUAAAACCUGAAGAUGAAGUUGUAGUCACUGCUAAAGCUAAAAGAGAAAGUGCAGGGGUAAAACAAGCGGGAAAGAAGCAUACUCAAGUGAAAGAAAUUGUUUCAAAGCAGUUUUCUACAACUGCUGCCAAGCCUCAGAAAGGAAGAGAAGGAAGACGCGGAGGUGGAGGAGAUGGAGGAGAUAAGAAAAAAUUACCAGACGACAAGAAAGAAAAGGAAAUUAAAAAAAUGAAAGAAAAAGUUGAAGAGAAGAAACCGGUUGAUAAGCGGCGCAGAUCAAGAAGAAGUAGAAUAAGUGAUAAGGAAGAAAAGAAGGAUAAAAAUGAGAAAAAAUCUACAGAGAAUGAAUCUAAUGAAAAGCAGAAAAUAGAUAAUAAACAACAGAAGAAGAGAGAAAAUGGCAAGUCAAAAGAUAAACGGAAUGGCCAUAGCAAUCGAAAUGACAAAUCACGCAAUUAUCAUCAGAGAAAUGAAAAAGAAAACAAAAUACAGGGCAAGGAAGAACCUCAAAGAUACUACAAAGGACAAUACAACAAAUAUGACAAAAAGUAUCAUCAUCAUGAUGAUGACGACGAUGACGAUGACGAUGAUGAUGGUCAUAGUUAUAAAAGGAAGCAAUAUAAGAAAAAACAUCAUGAUGAUGACGAUGAUGAUGAUGAUGACGACGACGAUAACUACAAGAAGAGACGUUAUGCAAAAUAUUCCGAUGAUGAUGAUGACAGUAAUGAUAGGAAAAAGGGAUUGAUGCGCCACUGGCAGAAACCACAUAAGAAGAAUUACCAUAGAGAAUAUUCUGGGCCCAAGAAAACUUUCAUUCGAAGACGCGGUAAGAAUCAUACGCAGCACUACAAUGGGGAGUGGUCUAUCAGGAGAGCAACAGGUCGUGAGUACAAGCGCAGAGAGGAGCAAAAGUCUGAUUGGUUGUUUGAACGAGCAAAGGACAGAAGGAAUAUGAGAGAGAAUGAACAAAAGGCUGACUGGCAAUUCAACAGAGCGCAAGGAAGAAAGGACCUGAGAUUUCAUGAUGAUUAUCAAGCAGACAGAUUUCAGGACUAUGACAGAUUCGGUCAUGCUAGGUAUGAGAAGCGCGAAACUCGUAGACGUUAUGUAAGAUUUGAUGAUGAGGAGGAUGAUGAUAAUGAUGAUGAAUAUUAUUACCAUAAGCAGCAGGAAAAAAGAGGCGGACAUGGGCGUCAUGAAUACAAUAAGGGAAAAGGCCAACGGGAGUGGGUCAUCCCUAAUUUUAGUGCAACAGGAAAAACAUACUACCGUUAAUCAAUAUCAUUCAGGCUUUUUGUAGCUGUAUUCCUUCAAGUGUUACUGCAACUAGAGUACAUUCAGGAGAUAGCCUUAGAUUUGUCUCUGGGAGGGAACCAAUUAGCAUAAACAGUUCACUGCUUCCUGUAGAAUAGUUUCACGGAUUUAAGGUUUCACGAAGAGAAGGGAUAAGUAUUAUUUUUAACUAUUAUUUUAAUUAUUAUACAAGUAAUUAUAAUUAUUAUUUAUUUUUUAUUUUUAUUUAUUUUUUAGUGAAACUACUGCAUGCUUUAGUCUGUUAAAUGCAAGGACCGUGCAUGUGGUUUGUAUGUUGUUUACCUUUACCACAUUAUUUAAUCUAUGCUUUACCAUAGCGCUAUGAAAAAUAAAAGAAAAAACAUUUUUGUGCCCACACGUUUCUAAAUCACUAGUGUAGAAUACAUUUAUCCACUUGUGACAUGAAGUAUGCAACAGCUGUGUACAAAUGUAAAGUAUGAAUGUUUAUAGUUUUAUUAAUCACCAUUAAACAUUUACUUUACAAAAGAUAUAAUUUUUAAACAAGAUAAAUCAGAUGCAGAGGAGACCAAAACAUGUCAACUGGUGAGUAAUACAGUAUUUAAAAUGCUUUGUACUCCGUCAUGGACUCCCAUUGUGAAGCUUUGUUCAUUGUUUGACGUAAUACAAGUCAUUAUAACACUACCCAGUUGACACUAUGGAUACCCAAGUAAAUGAUGAUUUAAUAAUGAAUGUUGAUGUGACACUAAAUACAAAAUAACAUUGGCUCA